ACGCAACAAAUAGCGAAUGAGUGAUUUAAUAGUAGGAAAUAUGUCAGGUAACAUAUCAUACCUGAAAAUAGGAUCAUGGACCCUGCCCAAGAGAGGCCUAUUUGUCUUAUUUGGAAGCACCUUAAUCUUAGUGGCAUGCUCCUUAGAUUAUUCAUACGGCAACCUUAAUACAUAUGUAACAUCGUACCUGCGGAAAAACAAUCCACAGAUCACUUAUGCGGAUUGGGUGUUUGUAUCUCAGAGUAAAACCAUUUUUGGGGCAAUUCUCUCUCCAUUUGGUGGCGAGGUCGCCCGAAGGUUGGGAAUUCGACUUUCCCUUAUCAUUGGAAGUAUCAUUUAUGCAGGAGGUUACCUUCUGACUUACUUCAGCUUGGACUGGGGCUUGUGGCCAGUGGUCUUCACGAUAGGAGCGUUCCAUGGGAUUGGCUACGGUCUAACAUACACUCCAGCUAUCAGUUCCAUACUAAAGUGGUUUCCUGCCCACAAAGGCACCUUCGCCAGUAUAGCCGUGGCUGGUUACGGGUUCGGCUCGGUGAUUUGGAACCCCGUGGAAACAGCCUUUGUCAAUCCUGGCAACGAAGAGGCUCAGUACCCAAACGGGACCACCAGUGGGGAUAAGUACUUCACGGACGAGGACCUGCUUGGAAGAGUUCCUUAUUUGUUCUUGUUGAUCGGAGGGAGCAUUGCCUUAAUGCAAAUCAUUAGCAUCUUGGCCAUCCGUGAUCCAUCGGAUGAUGAAGAAAGAGAACUCUUGGGUAACAUGACUAUCCUUAUGGAGGAUUUGGUUGAGAAAGAGGAUAAAAGUCUGCAUAGCGUCAAGCCCAAAGGAGCAGUGAAAACAUGGGCCUUUUGGAUCUUUUACAUCUCGUUCUUCUCCAUGAACUUGUUGACCUUAUUCAUUUCCAACUAUCAAAAGGCUUUUGGCCUUCAAUUCAUCGACGAUGACAAAUUCUUAUCCUUGGCUUCUACUCUUCAAAACGUGAUGAAUGGGGCCAGUCGGAUAUUUUGGGGCAUCAUUUAUGACAAGUUUGGGUAUAAAUUUACCAUGAUGUUUGUCACGUGCAUCUCAACAGCAUUUGCAGCUUCAUUUGGCAACAUUGUCUUCUUGGAAAAGAACUCGACUGGAGUCAAGAUUUUCUUUGCUGUUUGGUCUUGUGGCGUGUACGCGACUAAUCCAGGGGCUUAUGCGUGUUUUCCACCGCAAAUAAUGAAGUGCUUCGGACCAAAACAUAAUGCCACACUCUAUGGCCUCAUUUUUACCGCUUCAAUAUUUUGCAGCAUCGUUCUGCUUACGGUCGCUCAGACUCUCUUCCCAAUUAUUGGUUAUACCGGUAUGUUUGCAGUAACUGGUCUCGUUGGAGCUUUAAGUAUUGUGGUGACACUUACUUGGAGAGAAGAGCUUGACGAGGAGGAAGAGGUUGAAAAAAAAGAGGUCAUAUAAACAAGCUCUGUAUUUCGAAAUUGACCAGCAAAAUAAAUGGCUAAAUAAAUACGUA